CAAUUUCUUCUUCUCAUCCUCUUUGCUAUGACGGAAAACACGAAUUAAUGUGGAUUUCUAUUAGUUUAUAACAUAAAAAGAUUUCGGAAGUUGAAUAACUAGAGCUCUCGUGAGUCGAAGGGGAGAAAGCAAGUCGGACGACAUGCAGGAGAAGUGGUUACUAGCCAAGCUCUCGGUGGUGGUGCUCCUGCUAUUGAGCACCUGCUCGGCGCUCUACGAAGACCAGAUUAAGAAGUUCGACUGGCGAGGCGUGAAUGUGGGCGCAUUGAAGCAGUCCCGGGUGGACCUGAACCACUUCCAGCCGCGGAUUCUGGUCAGCACCAAUGAAGGAGUGGUGGCUAGCUUGUGCGUUAAGACCGGCGAACUGCUGUGGCGCCAGAUACUCGAGCAAAAGCCGCGCGGCGACAUCAAGCUACUGCAAGUGAGCGGAUUCUCCGACGACAGCAGCGACACGGCCGCCGCUCCGAUGGGCAGCAAUCUAGGCUUCGACAUGCUCACCGUACAGGGACAUGCGCCUGCUCUGGUGCGCGGCUGGAACACCAAUAUGGGCGCCCUCGAGUGGGAGUGGUCCAUCAUGCCGCUGAACACGGAACGCGCCCAGGAGGCGCUGUGGUUCUACAGCAGAUCUGUGCUCUACCACGUUCUGCCCGCCUGGCGGAGCCACCUCGAGGUCACCGCCUAUUUCGCCAGCUCUGGUCACACCACUGGCAGCACCAGCAAAGUGAUGGCCUCCUGGAUCACUCCAGAGAGCUGCUCACUCAGUGGCACCUUCUACGUCUGUGUGGACGGUAAGCAGUUAAUCAGCCUGGAUCUGGUGUCUAAGAGCGGUCAAGUGAUCCGGACUUUGCUCGAGGAGGAGCCCAAGGGAAAACUUAAAACCGUGGCGGGUCUCAAUGGUGUUGUGAUUGUGGAUGGCAGUCUUGUCAGUGUCAACAAGGACCAAUCUGUAUGCAAUGGACUGCAAAGCUCUAGCUUCACCGUGGGCAGCUUUAACUACCGCAAGAUCUUGGCAUAUGCAGAUCUGGUUUCUGGGAUUCUCAAGAUCAAUGCCGUAUAUCUGGAUAACUGCGCGCCGGCGACUGAGAUAGAGCAGAGUUUGCCCUUCCCCGUUCACUUUGGCAUUCCAUCGCUAAGCAACUUCGACUGCAAGCAAAAGCGCAAUGGCGAUGGCAAGAGUUGCCUUUUUCUCUUUAGCACCAGUUCCGAAUCCAUUGUGGCCGUGCAGCAAGGACGCAUUCGUUGGACGCGUGAGGAGGCGUUGGCCAAUGUGAUCGACUCGCAGUUUGUGGAUCUACCACUUGCCGAUACCGAAGGCACUCUGGAGAGCGAAAUGAAGGGCAAGGCCGGGGAUUUCACAAGUUUUGAAAGAGACAUUGCCAGCGCUUUUUUGCGUCGCAUCACGACACAAGCUGUUCAAAUUAGGAGCUUGUUCCUUCAUGUCAUUGGCCUCGGUCCUCCGCCCACGGAUACUCAGCGGGCUGGCCUGGUCCGCGAUUCCUUUGGUCUCCACAAGAUUCUGGUUCUACUUACGCGUGCUGGAAAGAUCUUUGGCAUCGACAACAUCUCGGGAAAGCAUCACUGGCAGCUGUAUCUUCCCAAUGUUAAUGGUUUUGAUAAUGACGAGCAGAUGCGUCUGAUUGUUCAGCGGUCGGCGAAACACUUUCCACUCCAGCCUCUUUGCGUUAUUUUAGGCAAAGAUGCUGUUAAUAGUAAUGGUGUGCUUUACCGCUUUAAUCCCAUCACUGGACAACCAUCGGAAGGAGGUCUCAUUCAGCUGGACUACAAAAUCAAGCAGCUCUCGUUGCUAGGGGAGACGGAAAAAGACUUUGUAAAGGGGAUUCUGUUAUUGGAUGCUUCUAACAAGGUCCAUGUAUAUCCCCAACACGCGGCACCAUUGGCCGAUGGCAUGUAUCUGUACACAGCCGAUGUAAGAACCGCGGAGUUGGCCGGCUUCUUCGUCAAAUAUGCGGGCGGCAAAUUGUCGAGCACGCAUGUUUGGAAUGCCCGCCUAGGCGGCCACAACUCAGAACAGCAGAUUAUCGGAGUUUCCGGCAAGAAUCCCAUCGAGCAUGUCCACUCCCAGGGCCGUGUGUUGGGCGACCGAUCGGUGCUAUAUAAGUACAUUAACCCCAAUUUAGUGGCCUUUGUUACACAGGCGCCAGAUGCCACACACAAAUCCGUGCUCAAUUUGUAUCUGGUUGAUGUGGUCUCCGGCUCCGUCGUUUUUACCAUAACGCAUCGCAAGGUGCGUGCUCCACUGAGCAUUGUUCAUUCAGAAAACUGGCUUGCCUACUCCUACUUCAAUGAGAAAGUGCGACGCACAGAAAUAACGACCAUUGAGCUGUACGAAGGCAAGACUCAGGCGAACAGCAGUGUUUGGAGCUCCUUGCAAGCUCCACCGAUGCCUCUUGUGGAGCGUCAGUCUUAUAUACUUCCAACAAUUGUUGAAGCUCUGAGGGAAACGAUCACAGAGCGUGGAAUUACCAAUAAACAUGUGCUGAUCGGUACCGCCAGUGGUUCCAUUGUUGAAAUGCCAUGGCAUUUGCUGGAUCCACGGCGCCCCAUUGCAUCCACUACUCAAGGACGUGAGGAGGGAGCAAUUCCCUACAUACCAGAGCUGCCUUUGCCAACGGAGAGCCAUAUUAAUUAUAACCAGACGGUCGCCCGUCUUCGUAAUAUUUUUACUGCGCCCAGUGGUCUGGAGAGUACCUGUCUAGUCGUUGCUACGGGUUUAGAUUUAUUCGUUACGCGUGUGGCGCCUUCAAAGACGUUCGAUUUGUUAAAGGAAGACUUUGACUAUAUUCUCAUUACCAUAGUGCUAGUCGCGCUCACAUCGGGUUCGUUGAUUGUUAAGCAUUUAGCAUCACGUAAAUUGCUCAAGCAGGCAUGGAAAUAGGCGUGACAUUAUUGCUUUAUAUACAUAUAAUAUUUUACUGCGACCAAAUACAACAAGGGAGGAUGAAAUGGAGUAAUAAUUCUGGUAGCUGCAUAAUGCAAUAAUGCGACCGAUAAAAACUCGUUCUCAACGCUAAGCCUAGGCAAUUAUUUAUAAAUAAUUAUAUAGCGUUAAACAUCAAAUAAUUAUAAAUAGCUGUUGAAAGGUUUUCAUUGCAUUUUUCUGUUCCUUUGAUUUGUGUACGUUUAAAUUUCCAUAUACGAAAAAUAUCAGCAUUGAAAGUGUGUUUAAAAAAAUGUAGUUAAUAAAAGCGUUUGUAAAGGAGGACAAUGGUAAAGUAAAUAAAUAAUUUUUUCAUCGGAUUGAA